AUGGGCAAGAAAAAACAACGUUCCUCUUCUUCUGGUCUGAAGCCACCACCGUCCACCACCUCUUCUUCCAGUCUCAUGCCACCACCGUCCACCACCACCACCUCCACCUCUAAACCACCACAACACCCACCGCCUGAAUCACUAGACCCUGUGAUCUUUGCAGAAGGCUCAAAGGUGCAAGAUGAAAUAAAAGCUGGAAACUACCCCAAAGCCUCACUGACGCUCAGGAACUUGAUUUCCCUUCACAAGAACUCGCCACACCUUCUGUACCUUAAAGCUGUAGUUCUCCAGUUUCUUGCUAAAACAACAGCCAAUGCUUCAAAGCAAAUGAUUGCAUGCCUAAAAGAGGCCAAUGAAUUGGUUGAGUUGGCCUUGAAGUUACUGCCCAAUUCUAUCCAUUUUGCUUCGUGUAAAAUUGCUAUUCUCUAUCUCAAGACUUUGAUCGAUGAUGGUGAUUGGGGCAAAGUGAUUGAAGAAUGCAAGAGUGCUUUGAGCUUAAAGAUUGAGAAUUUAACUGACCCGGGAGUGGAUAUGUUUCUUCAAGUGAAUGAAAUGGCCAAUUCGACUAAAGAAUCAAGAAUUGAGUUUGAGCGGAAAAUGAUUGAGCAGUAUUUAAAGCUUUGUGAGGAAGAGCAUAAGCAAGCUGAAAAUGCUAAUAAAGAAAAUGCAGAUAAGGCAGGUGAUACAUUACAUGAGAUCAAGGAGGAGUUUGAAACAGAAAUUAAGAGCUAUCAUGUCUUCAAGAAGAUAAAAAGUCAUUAUGGUAUGGAGAAGUACUACGAGGUUAAUGCUGUUAAGAAAGAGGAAUAUAAAUCAUUGUGGAAUGAAUUCAGACCUGAGGGGAAAAGGGAUUUCUGUGAAGUGAGUAUCAAAGAGCUUGAAAGACAUUGGAAGUCAAUAAAUUUUCAUUUGGCAGGCAGGGAAGCUAUAGAUUUUGCUAAAAAACAUAAAACUUGGAAGGGCUGGGAAUGUUGUGGUUGUAACGAGAAGUUUGGUGAUUUGGAGUUGUAUAGGAAGCAUUCCAGGAAGUCGCAUUGGAAGAAUCUUGAUGCGAUGGAAUUGCAGUUUCAGAUUCCUGGAAAGGUGAUUGAGUUUAUUGAGAAUGGUGAGUGGAAGCCUUUAAAUGCUGAAUAUUGGGUAAAAAAAAUUGUCAGUAAGAUGAAUUCAGAGUCUUGUGAUGGUAAACUGUUUGAUGAGGAGAGCUUAAAAGAGAGUUUGUGUGAAUCGACUGGAAGAAAAAAUAAUGAGAGAGAAUUAUCUGAGCGUGUUAAGAUUCUUAAGAGUAUUCGCGGGAUGUUUCGAUUGCUUCACAGAUACAAUUGUCUUGCACCAAGUUAUCUUAACUGUGCAGUGCAAUUUACAGUUGAACAAUUAACAAUUAAUUUUGAGGAUCAACGUUACUUUUUGCAGCGUCUUGACCUGGAAGCCAUUCAGAUCAUAUGCCUUCUGAGAGCUGCAGAUCUGAAAAAGGUCCGUGAAUUUCUCCAAGAAUUUACUGAUGCUUUCGGUAAGUUUAUAAAACCUAAGUUUGUUAGUCCUCUCGACGAUAAUCUUAGUUUUGUUCAAGUGUUUAAUGUCAAUGAGAAGCCUGGAAUUAGUGAAGUACUAAAAAGCCGCCUCUUGGAUGAGAGAUUCCUGGAAGGAGCGGAUAAUCUGACUCUUCCUGACAGCCAAGAUUUGGUGACAUGGCUAUACGAAGGCACAUCAAUCCAGGUAGUUCUAAUGGCCUGGAGCGGUUUGCAAGAUUAUCAGAAACAAAAAUCAAAGGAGAUCUUUCAGAUACUGCUUAAAGAGUAUUUGCUGGUAGAAAAAUUAUGUGAUGAUCCUACUUAUAAGCGUGAGAAUACAAAUCUAUUGAAAGCAAUUGAAGCGGUUGAGAGCAUAAAACUUGAAGAUAUUGAGGGCAAUGAAAGUACAACAGUGUCUUAUUUCAGACUCUUGAAGAAGAGGCAAAAGGAACUUGUGCAGUAUGAUGAUAUUGCUAGUAAAAAGGAGAAUAAUGUAAUUUUUGAAGUUAUUACAGAUAUGCUGGAUCUAGCACAGUCAGAAGGAUCUAGUUUAACUGAUAAUCCGAAUGCAUUUGAAACUUUCACCGACGAAGCUGAAAUGAAAAUGCUUGAAAGCAUUGAGGCUGGCGAAAGUGCCGCAAGAUUCGACCUACAAAGUAUGAGAAUAGACUCACUUAAAAAAGUAAGUUUGCCAAUUAUAUUGAUUAUGUUAUCGAUUUUCUAA